GAGCCCCUCCCCGUCGACGUCCCCGACGAGAUCCGCGACGUCACCGUCACCCGCUACCAGCUCUCGGCGCGCUUCGGGGGCAACCCUCAGGACACGUAUCCCGUCCCCCGCGCCGCGCUCCUCGCCCAGCACGGCCGCAGCAACUUCGCGUGCCUCAGCCUGAUGUACAACCCCCACGCUCCGACCCGCCCUGGGUUCCCCGGCCUCUCCUUCGGCACGGUGGCGUACUCCGAUGACGCGCCGUCUCUUCGGAGACAGGCGCUGUUCGUUCGCCUCAACGCGAACAAGUGGCAGUACAUGGGCGACUACGUGGAUACGUCGUCCAGCGUGCUCUCAGUGGACAAGUGGCGGCAGUUGAAACAGGGGGUUCGCAACAGGUGGAGCUCUGGGAUCGCGAAGCAGAACUGGGGGUCGUUCAUUCGUGCUCGCAUCAGCCUGCGGGGCUCUCUUGGGAGAGAGCCGACCCGCGCCGAGAUGGACAAUGCGAAGGGGCUCUUCAGGGAUGUCACGCAAGAUCAAGUGGCCGCCGCAUUCGAUGAUGGCCUAGAGCGCAUCCGGGCGUGGACAAUGAAGUGCGUUGGCUACGACGAGGAGCUGCAACGAAUCUGCGUUGAGAUCUCGCGCGUCCAACCUGAACCUGCGCAGCGGAGCCGUCGUCGGCCUAAACGAAAGGCGAAGGCAUAG